UCAGAGAAAAUUGGAUUUAAGGAAGAAAAUUUACAACCAUGGAUUCCCUGUAACUUUUCCAACCACUCACUUCCCCACUCCACCAACUGUGAAACACGUUUUUGGAUUUUUGGAUUCUCUUUGAGGGGAGAAUCAUCUGCUAGAAUGCGGUCAUGUCACCUUCGGAGCUCAAGCGCUUCCACUACUGCGGUGUUCCCGUACAAGUGUUACUUCCGUUUUUGCACGAUUCUCCGGCCGUACGGGCUCGGCCGCUCCGCCAAAUUCCGACGCCUUUUUGAUCGAAUUACCCAUAUGCCGGUAGUUACUGCAUCCGUUAACUCUGUCAUCGCCUCUGGAAACAUUAUUGCGGCUGCGGCUGCCGCAGCGUCGGGUUCUGGAUCUAUUCAUGGUGCUGUGACAUCUGCAAUCACGCACGUUGCUGUUACGGCCGUCGCUAUUGCCUCCGGAGCUUGUCUCUCUACCAAAGUUGACUUCCUCUGGCCCAAAGUGGAGGAUAAACCAGGUUCUCUUGUAUUGGAUGGAGUUGACGUAACUGGAUAUCUUAUAUUUCAUGAUACCAAGGUGCAAAAGGCUAUUGAAUUUGCAAAAAAGGCUCAUCAUGGGCAGUUACGGAAAACUGGAGACCCUUAUUUGACUCAUUGUAUCCACACUGGAAGGAUCUUAGCAGCUUUAGUUCCACCUACUGGUAACAGAGGGAUCUGGGUUGAGGGAAAUAAUAGAAUAUAUGGAGGUGAAGCGAUUCAGGAAGCAGUUGACACAGUUGUGGCUGGAAUUCUCCACGACAUAGUUGAUGAUACAUGUCAAAAUUUGCACAGCAUAGAAGAAGAAUUUGGUGAUGAAGUAGCCAAGUUGGUGGCCGGUGUAUCCAGGUUAAGUUACAUAAACCAGUUGUUGCGUAGACAUCGCCGGGUAAAUGUGAACCAGGGUUCGCUAGGUCAUGAAGAGGCAAAUAAAUUGCGAGUUAUGCUCUUAGGCAUGGUUGAUGAUCCACGUGUCGUGCUCAUCAAGCUUGCAGAUCGUCUUCACAACAUGAGAACCAUUUAUGCUUUGCCACUGCCUAAGGCUCAAGCUGUUGCACAGGAGACCUUGGUUAUUUGGUGCUCACUCGCUUCUAGAUUGGGUUUAUGGGCAUUGAAAGCUGAACUUGAAGAUUUGUGCUUUGCGGUUCUUCAGCCACAAAUGUUCCUGAAGUUGCGUUCGGAAUUAGCUUCCAUGUGGAUGCCUAGUAGCAGAGCUGGAAAUUUUCGGAAAAUAUCUGCCAGAACCGAAAUGCCACCAUCGGUUAAAGACAGUUCAACUUAUUGUCACAAUAUACCAGUAACUAUAACUGAUGAGACCACGAACAUGAAGGAACUUUUGGAAGCUGUAGUGCCUUUUGACAUCUUGGUGGACAGAAGAAAACGGACAAAUUAUCUAAAUAGUCUCCAACGAAGUAUAGGUACUUGCAUACAACCAAAAGUUGUGCAAGAUGCUAGGAAUGCUUUAGCAUCUCUGGUGGUUUGUGAAGAAGCAUUAGAGCAGGAAUUGAUUAUAUCAGCUUCUUAUGUUCCGGGAAUGGAAGUAACUUUGUCCAGCAGACUAAAGAGUUUAUAUAGUAUAUACAGCAAGAUGAAACGGAAGGAUGUUAGUAUUGAAAAGGUAUAUGAUGCCCGUGCAUUACGGGUAGUUGUUGGGGACAAGAAUGGAACUCUGCAUGGACCUGCUGUUCAGUGUUGCUACAGUCUUCUCAACACUGUACACAAGUUAUGGACCCCCAUUGAUGGUGAAUUUGAUGAUUACAUUGUUAACCCGAAGCCUAGUGGUUACCAGUCUCUGCACACUGCAGUACUAGGUCCUGAUAACUCGCCUUUGGAAGUUCAAAUAAGAACACAGAGGAUGCAUGAGUAUGCUGAACAUGGACUUGCUGCACAUUGGCUUUAUAAAGAAAACGGAAACAAAAUCCCAUCAAUAAGCAGCAAGAAUGAAUCUGGAAGAGAAGUAUCCCGAUAUUUCUCUGAUACAGAGUUCCAGAAUUCCAUCGAAGGUGAUUCUAAUAAGUAUAGUUUUCUCCAAGCUGGCCAUCCUGUUCUUAGAGUGGAAGGAAGUCACUUGCUUGCGGCUGUUAUUAUUAGAGUGGAUGAGGAUGGAAGGGAACUGCUUGUUGCUGUGAGCUUUGGACUUGCAGCUUCUGAAGCCGUGGCUGACCGAAGAUCUUCCUUCCAAAUAAAGCGUUGGGAAGCUUAUGCAAGAUUAUACAAAAAGGUGUCUGAUGAGUGGUGGUGUGAACCUGGUCAUGGGGAUUGGUGCACUUGUCUAGAGCAGUACACGCUCUGUCGAGAUGGUAUGUACCACAAGCAAGAUCAAUUUGGUCGGCUACUUCCAACCUUCAUUCAGGUCAUUGAUUUUACAGAGCAGGAAAAAUCUGAAUAUUGGGCCAUAAUGUCUGCCAUUUCUGAGGGCAAACAGAUUGACUCUGCUACAGCUAGGACAAGUACAGACUCAGUCACAUCAAUCUCCACUGAAGCUAGCAUCAACACGAAGGUACAUUUUCUAAGGACAAUGCUUCAAUGGGAAGAGCAACUACUUUGUGAAGCUAGUAAUUUCAGACAAGUUAAACAAGGAGGAGAGCAUUAUGUUCGUCGAAGCUCUGUCACGCUCGAGGAAGUGGUAAUUGUGUGCUGGCCCCUUGGAGAGAUAAUGAGGUUAAGCUCUGGUAGCACUGCUGCAGAUGCCGCUAGAAGGGUCGGAUUCGAGGGGAGGUUGGUAUUGGUCAAUGGUCUGCCAGUUUUACCCAGUACAGAGUUGAAAGAUGGAGAUGUAGUUGAAGUAAGAGUGUGAAUAACUUUUCAAUUGUACAGUCAGUUAGGUCAAAGGGGGAAAAUCAAAUCAAGAUGUGGUUUAGUGUUUUGCAGGUUUAUGUGAAUAUUAGUUGUUAUUUACAGUAGGAAUAGUUGGAACCAUUUCAUCACUGGUGGACACCCUGUGAUGCUGCCUUUGGCUGAGAAAUUUAUAAAAGCCAUGAAAGGAAACACAAGGUUUUCAGCUUUUAAAAGUAACAGGAGCUGCAAGAGUACUGUGAGGAGCAUGAUGAUAGAGCAAAUGCUUGGCUGGAACUCAAGGUGCCUAAAAAGAAUGUCAAAUUUUUUGGUACUGCUGUUGUCAUCAUAUGCGAGUUCUCGAAGUGUGAAUGCUGUUCUCAUACGUAAAAAUGUACUUUUUAACUUUUUGUUUGUCCUUUUCUGGCUUCAACUGCAUAUACUUCAAACAGAAUCUGAUUACAAUGUAAUUUUUUAUGUCAAAGAUUUGAUUGUUAUUUAGGAAAUACAUUGUUAAAAAAA